UUUUAAAGAGGCUUGCCAUGAACCAACAUCAUGACAAUGUUAUUGUUGUUGUUGUUGUUGUUUUGUCUUUUUGUACUAGAAGACUUGGGACAGGGUACUGGCAAUUUAGGGUGAAGGGAGAUUAAACAAGUUUUAAAUGCGAGCAACAGGCGCUAGGAGAUGAUUCUCUAUGAGAUCAGGGAAUUGAAUCGAUCGUGAGAAUAAUUAACGCUGGAAGUCACGAGCGUAGACCUGUUUCAUUACUUUACAACUUAUUUCUUGCAUCAAGACUCAAGCUAGGGGAAAAGUGAAAAUUUAAGAACUAUGAGUCCACUGCUUGAGUGAAUACUGUCGCAACUUUUCAACUCCCUCAGACAAAUUUGAAAUCCCACAUUUGUUUCGUAUCCUCUGUCCAGCAGUGCGAGCAGUGGAGUCAAGUACACCAUCACAUGGACGUUCGUUCAAACCCUAAAUUGAUAUAUUGUGUAAUUUCUGAUGACCGAGGGACGAUUAGUCAGAAAUGAUUAUUCUGACGGCAGCAUGGAGAGGCUCGCGGGGCGUCAUGGAAUGUUUAGGGACAAUUUGGACAUUUGGCGGGAGAUUGGGUCAUUCUUUGUUAAUAGUCGGUCUUCGUGUUCGUCCACCAUUUUUAUUAAGCUUUUGUUGUAACAGCUUGUAUGUAAAAUAUGUCCUACUUUAUUGCAAUGAUUUUGUACCCUUUCCUCGGGGUUUCGUGCUGCUGCAUUAGACGAGGAACACGUUCCAGAUAUUUUGUUAACACAUCAAAAGGGUGUUUUUUAGUGGUUUUCCAAAUCUGGCGUAGCACAAGUUCUAAUUGUUAGAACCAAAGAGUUGUAAUUUGCCAGGAUACAGAUUAUGUUGUAAGACGGAAUAUAGAUGAGAUGACUGACUGAUGCAUCUUCAACUGAAACUAUUCACACUGCAUGUCUUUUGUUAGUGUAGUCUGAAUAGUAGAUUGUUGCAUGGAGUAUAAAUAAUUAAAAAGACGAAAGGCGUGGCUUGGGAUUCGUGGCGUUACGCAAAACGAAACUGCUAGUUGUGGCUUGUAGUUUCGGACAAUUUUCGGAGAAUAACUUUGAGUGGAAAAAGGUGCACCGCAUUGCUUAUACCUUCCUGUCUCGACCAGUCAACCGCUACGUAUUCCUUUCCAGUCGUCCAAAGCGGAAUUUUCGUGAUCCCCUCUUUCCCUCGACUAGGCAUACCAUCAUAAGCUAAUCAUUGCAUAGUCAUUUUCCUUUUAGGGCGAAUAGAACCGGAAGUUGCAACAAACCAUUCAAAACCGGAAGCGUUAACUCACUCGACCCAGCCUACUACAGCUUCGUUGGUCGGGUCGUGUUUCAUGUCAAACUCCUGGAUACUCAGCUCACAAAAACAUUGCAAGCCGGACCCAAAAAUUCCGGCCAAACUCCUAUCAUGUACGCUCUUUCUUUCCUUUUUUGUUCUUGCUCUCAAAACUUAUGAACGAUAACAGGACAAAUGAUUAGCUGCUGACAAGUGUUCACUAAAUUGCAGGCUCGCUGAGGCAAUGCAAUCUUACGGGGAAGGGGGAAAAAAAAAACUUUUUUUUCCCAGCUAUUCUAAAUCACCAUGGAGGUUUUUUUUCUGUUGUUGUUUUCUUUUGACGGUAUACCUACCAAUAUUGUAGCCUCUGUAGUACGAACCAACGUACUAAACAGGGCAAUCAAUUCUAGCGAAAAUCCGUCAUAUUAUUGAUCCGCUUCUAGUGAUAUUGCUCAUCUGCUCAAAGUGUGUUUGCUACAAAGGAAAGAAUGCUUUUGUUUAUACACACUAAAGAAUGUCUAUAAACUGCCUGAAAGUAAAAUAAUUGACGCGGUACUUUAUAUGAGCCAGUGUAAGCCAUAUAUCACUGAAUACUACAUAAUUCAACAGUGACUUACAAGUGAACUGAACCUUAUGCCAUACGUGCUUUUCGCUGAGACUGUAUAUAAACGUGUUAGUAAGAACACCAUUGUAAGUGUUUCAUACCAUAAAUGCUAUCAGCAAUUGUUUGAUGUUCAAAACAGCUUUUGCCUUGAAGGCAUUUAAAACGUGCUUUGUCAGGCACUCCUCCAUAGCCGCUUGUCUAACAAUUUGGGCGUGCUUUAGCUAUUUUGCAUCUAUAUAUUUUUUCCUUCUUCCUCCAGCUACUCAAUAAAUCACCUCAGGUUGCCGAGUAGAACGUUCGCAAGCCUGAAGUGGUGGACGUGAUAUCGAUGGCGGAGUUCAUCUUUAAAGGUAGCCUGCUUUUUCUUGGUGAAUUCCGAAAUAAGGUAGCAGAGAUGCUGAGUAGAGGCGAUGUUGUGGCUCACGAUCUCCGCAACUUCAUACUGGAUGACAUCAAAGAUAUUAAAUCGAAGAUAGAUUCAAUGGCAAGAACAGAUCUCCUAGCAUGUAUCAAUAUCUUUGCGGAAGAAUUCGCAAAUAUGUUGCAGUUGUUCCGCAGGAAAAGAAAGGAGGAUAAGAAUUACUCACCUGAAAGGGCUUUGUCUAAAGCAAUGACGCGUCUCGACGCCGCAAAUUUAAAAGCAACAAACGCAUUCAGUAACAAAGCUCUGGACAUUUCGGAUCGCAUCUUGGCGGCAAAAUACCGCAUUCGGACAACACUUCUAAUGACGUUAGACAAACCCGCAAACGCUUUCACGUCGUGCAUAACAAUCCUUAAACAGCUAAAUGACGAUCUUACGAUCCAGAAGACGUUUGGAACUCAACUUUCAGGGGGGAUUAAAGUUUGGUCGGGUUUUGGAUCGAGCAGUCGACGUGCAGAAAUUAUUUCCUCCGUUUGCGAAGUUAACCGUUUGGUAUAUGAUAUCAUGCAAUUGGUGGUAUGUGACGAAGCCAGCCAAUUUUACAGCUUGCCUGCUGUUCACAUUGGAAUAGAAGUGAUUGAUCCUCUGCGCGAUCUGAAGGUGGCGGAAGUUCUGAGUAAGAGAGGCAUGAUGAAUGUUUCUGUCCUGUGGUCAUUUGGCCAAAAGAGUGACGGAAAACUAAAGUUUCCGCAGAGUAUUGCAACAAAUUCGCUAGGAGACUUCAUCGUAGCGGACAGUGGAGAUCGUACGAUAAAGGUGUUUGACAGAAAAGGACAUUUCCUGAAAUCUUUCCGCUGUCUAAGUGAUGACGUGGAACACGAAACCUUAGAUCUUGAUACCGACGGGGCUGACAACGUGUAUUUGCUUGUCGUAAAGAAUGAUAUGUACGAAGUUCAUGUGUUUGACAAGCACGACAACUGGAUAUGGAACUUCCCGCUGAAAAAGACGUCUAAAGGGCGUGCGCUUGCAGUGGACAGGGGAACCGGGCACGUGUUGGUAUUGGAAGGCGAAAAAGGGGCAAAGUGCAACGCCGUGGUGGAGGUCUACGAACGAUCCAAGGACGAUGGACAUCUUGUUCGCAGCUUUGGCGAGAGAUACUUGAGUGAUGCUGUAGAUAUCGCUGUUGCUAGAGAUGGUCGCAUUUAUGUCUUGGAUAGUUCCUUCAGUGGAGACCGAAAGUCGAUAAGCUCGUUCAAUGGGAAGGGAGAGCGUCUUAGCGUGUUCGAAGUUGUUCCUAAUGCGGUUGCUGUGUCAUUUCACCACGGUGAUUCGAGUGUGGUUGUCGCUUCACUUCCGUUUCAUGUAGAUUCAGUAAAGCGUCGAGCUAAGAUCUCGCUUUACUCAGUCUCGGGCAAUCAUUGGCGCACGAUCGACCUCGACGCAAGUGGUGUCACCUUAGUGGAAAGCAUUGCAGUCACCGAGAACGGAUGCAUUGUUGUAGCACUAAUAGAAGACUUCUCUGGUGUACUUCAAAACAAGGUUAUAGUUUUGUAAAGGACUAAAAUUCCAGUGUGAUUAGUAGCGUUUUAUAAAUUAUGUAUUUCAUUGCUUCAAUGCCUCAGCUGUCAAGACGCCGUGACUUUAUUUAAGGUAUUCAGUGGAACAACAAAACGUGCUAUCAAGCGUAGUGUAGGGCGUUCAAUAACUCGAAUUGACUUAAGAUGCAACAAAAACAGAACUUUACUUUGAAACUUCCUAUUUAUGCACAGAACGUUGCAUUUUUGUCCACCAUCCACUGACUUGUAGUUUUGUAACUGGUUAUAUUUACAAAAUCGUUUUGCGUAGCAUUUCAUUUCUUUGUAUCAGGGUUCGCCGGUGUAAAUCUCUUAUCCUGUGUCGAGUGACUCAAGCAACAUUUUAAGUGAGUUUUUAGGGGUAUGUUAGAAAGAAAAAAAGAGUGCAAUAUAUCUGACAGUAUCAACCGAACAUUAGAUCGUGUGUAUUUACAUAGUUAGAUGCAGAGAUGACAUAGAGUUUGAAAAAUAGAAAAUCGAAAUAGUGUUUGCACGAUUUUCAAGCCUUCAUUGCAUCAUGCAUUCAAGUGUGAAUCAGUCACACAUUGUACAGCUUUGUAACUGGUUAUUAUUACAUCAUUGCAUCAUGCAUUGAAGCGUGAGUCAGUCACAUAUUGUACAGUGUUGUAACUGGUUAUUAUUACACCAUUGUUAAGUGUUGCAUGUCAGUUCUUUGUAUUAAAAACAAGGUUCGGCGUUUUAAGUCCUAUAUCGUGUGUCGAGUGACUGAUGUAGCAGUUUUGUUGUUUCUUUGCAUUU